UUUGGGCUUAAUUCUUUGGGCUCCCUUCGGCCCACGUUUUCCAAGAUAGACGAUUGUAUCCUCCCUCGGCUCUUCUCCUCCCCCGUCCCGAGAUCUUUGCUUUGCUCUAAUUCCCCCUCGCUCCUUUCUCCUUCUAUCCUCAAGAGGAUGGAGAGCAGUGCUCAGUAUGAAAAUGAGCGGUACAACCCCGAUUACUACAAAGAAGGAACACACUCUGUGUGGAAUACGAUGCCUAAUCAUCAUCAUCAGGCAAAGGAGGACCAACAUAAUGCUCUGGUGAUGAAUCAGAAGAUCAUGUCCAUCCUUGCCGAGAGAGACGCUGCCCUCAAGGAAAGAGACGAUGCUCUAGCUGCCAAGCAGGAAGCAUUAGCCGCUCGGGACGAAGCCAUUGACCAACGUGACAAAGCUCUCUCUCUCAGAGAUAAUGCUAUAUUGGAGAGGGACAGUGCGUUAAGUGCUCUUCAGUUCCGUGAACACAAUCUUAACUACAUUUUGUCACGUGCUAAGCUCGGUGCCUCCCAAACCUCUCACUUACCCAACCCUUCCCCAUUGUCAACUAUUCCACAUGAAGCUGCUGCGCCAAGUAGAAGAAAAAGGAAUCGCAAACAGGAUAAGCGGUCAAAGGGAAAGAGAGUAGGCGAAGAUCUGAACCAUCAGCUUGCUUCUCCUGGAAAGAAAUGCAGAAAAGAUUGGGACAGUAACGAUGUCGGCUUAAACCUUGUCACAUUUGAUGAGACGACAAUGCCAGUGCCCAUGUGCACUUGCACUGGGACUGCUCGUCACUGUUACAAAUGGGGAAACGGCGGGUGGCAAUCAUCUUGUUGCACUACCACUUUGUCUCAGUAUCCGCUACCCCAGAUGCCAAACAAAAGGCAUUCUCGAGUGGGCGGUAGGAAAAUGAGCGGAAACGUCUUCUCCAGGCUACUUAGCCGUUUAGCUGGCGAAGGCCACGACCUCUCCUCUCCCGUUGAUCUCAAGGAUUAUUGGGCUAGGCACGGCACGAAUCGCUACAUCACUAUCAUGUAGUCCAAACAAAUGGGCAUUUAACAGCAAGAGCCAUACCGGACUCUAAUGGAUCAUCAUCUACUUACGGCUUGUCCCUAAUCCUUCUUCCUGUUCUCAUCUUGCUCAGCAACUCAACGUCAGCCAGUUAAGACAGGAGACAGAGUCUCAGCAGAACCUGAAUCAAAUGGAUAGAGUAGACAGGCAGUUGAGGUGUUGAAUUAUGUAUAUUACACACAUGAAAAUCUAGUUUUACAGUA